UCGUCAUAAACGCGGUGACUGAGUUGAAUUCUCUGCUCUACUUAAAACCCAUGAAACACAGAGUGAAAAAUCAAUAAAACCCCCCUAAAUUUACUCAUUCUUUUAAUCCAUCAUCAAACUUUCACUUUCAAAAUCUCGAGUAGAAAUAAACACAAGUAUGUCAGAAAGAGAGAGACUGAUUCUGGUGUCACUUAUCUCUGCUGCAACAUUAUUUCUGGGCUGUUCUGGUGAAUCUCAUUCAUCUGCAAUUAAUGACAAAAACAAUAAUAAUUUUGAUUAUGGUGCUGUUUUUCGUGUUCAAGGCAACGUCUUUCCAGAUGGGUACUUUUACACAACGUUAAGUAUAGGUGAACCCCCUAAACCUUAUCAUCUUGACAUUGAUACUGGCAGCGAUCUCACGUGGCUUCACUGUGAUGCACCUUGUGUGAAUUGUCCUAAGAGUCCUCACGAGCCUUACAAACCCCAGAAUAAUGCCCUCACAUGCAAGGAUUCCCUGUGUACCUUCUUGCAACAUCCUCCCAACUAUCCCUGCCGCAACCCUAGUGAUCAAUGUGACUAUGAAAUUGAGUAUGCUGAUCAUGGUUCAUCUAUCGGUGUACUGGUGAAAGACAACUUUCCCCUUCAAUUAUUGAAUGGUUCCACUACACGUACUUCUCUGGCCUUUGGUUGCGGGUAUGAUCAAGAUCUCUCUAGUUCUACCCAGCCUCCAUUUGUGGAUGGUGUUCUUGGGCUUGCAAAUGGAAAAUCCAGUCUCUUGUCUCAACUUCAUGACUUGAAAGUGAUCAAAAACGUAUUUAGCCAUUGCUUCAGUGACCAAGGAGGAGGUUACAUUUUCUUUGGGGAUAAACUAAUUCCUUCUGGGACUGUUUGGGUACCGAUGUUAAAAAACAAAAUUGGGAACUAUUACUCCAUCGGACCUGCUGAGCUGGUUUUUAAUGAGAGAAAUGUUGUAAAGGGUGGUCUUUCUUUUGUUCUUGACACAGGAAGUACCUAUACUUAUUUUAGUAGUCAAGUUUAUGAAGCUGCAUUAUCGAUGAUUAACAAAAAUAUCGACUCAAAGCAGUUAAAGACUGUACCAGAGGAUAAAACCCUUCCAGUAUGUUGGAAAGGUUCUAAACCCUUCAAAUCCAUGAACGACGUCAAGAAACUUUUUAAGCCAUUAGCAUUAAGAUUCUCUGUCAAAUCCAGUUUUCUGAGGAAGAAUACAGUGAUGGAAAUGGGGCCCGAAACUUAUCUUAUUAUCAAUAAAAGUGGCAACGUGUGCUUGGGGAUUUUGGAUGGUGCUGAGGCAGGGCUGGAGAAUCUCAAUAUUCUUGGAGAUAUAUCACUGUUAAAUAAAGUGAUCACUUACGACAAUGUUAAAGACCAGAUUGGAUGGGCAACCGCAAACUGUGACAGGCUUCCAAACUUCUCAGAUCGAGAUAGUGACAUUCAUUUUUAUCGAUCGGAGCACGUGUAUGAUGAGCUAUAGCAUCAUCGACAAAUAAGUGCAGGAAGAUAUACAUCAGAUGAUAUAGUUGUUGAUCAGCAGCAAAGAUGCUAGAUAGAUAUAAACUUUACACCCAGUUAACAAAUUAUGUACUCCUGUUUAGGAAGCCGUGGUUUUGCUGUAAAUGAUGGUAGGCUUAUUAUAGCUUACUGAAGGUACAUAUUACAUAUGGACAGGUUAUCAUA